GUAAUUACAACAGAUGCAUUUUUUCUCUCAUAAGAAUAAAGUAUUAGAAACAAAAACAAACAUGCACUUUUCUAUUUUCAUGGUUGUUCUGAGCUUUUGUCCAACGGGGGUGUUUUUGGAAAAACUCGACCGAGCUGAGGAACUGAUCAGCUCAGUUACCUCAUUUGGUUAUCCAAUUGAGUCACACCAAAUAGAAACCGAGGACAACUAUAUUUUGACAGCGUUCAGAAUACCACAUGGCCGAAAUACCACAAGUUCCAACAAUCUUCCGAUUCUACUCAAUCAUGGAAUGUUGGGUUCAGCAGAUAACUACAUUUGGCUAGGACCUCAGCGAUCCUUAGCGUAUAUUUUAGCCGACAAGGGAUAUGAUGUAUGGUUAAUGAAUUGUAGAGGAACAGCUUAUAGUAGAAAACAUAAAAUUUUUAAUUCAAGCCAAAAACAAUUUUGGGAUUUUUCUUUUCACGAAAUAGGAAUGUAUGAUAUACCAGCUGUAAUUGACUACAUUGUUAAUGCUACACAUCAAACUAGCCUCUAUUAUGUUGGUCACUCUCAAGGAUCUACAACACUUUUUGUAAUGGGUUCAGAAAGACCAGAAUAUAACGAUAAAAUUAAGUUGGCAAUUGCAUUAGGUCCAGCUGCAAUAUAUAAAAAUUUUAAGCACCCAUGGUUAUCAUGGUUGCUUCAUAAUUUUCCGUUAAAACAAUUAGAGACCUUAGCGGACUCAAUGCAGUUAUAUCAAUUUCCCCCACCAUAUUUUUCCGACAAAGAUAUAAGGGAGUUAUUGACAAUGUUGUGUGUGGAAAACAAAUUUCUACAGAAAUCCUGUAAGGCAUAUUUUGAAAUUUUGGUCGAUAUGAACAUUGAUAAUAUAGACCAGGUUGACUUACCAUCUAUUUUCAGUACAUUAAUCCAAGCAGUAUCAUUAAAGCAGCUUUUUCAUUAUGGUCAGCUGGUUUUAUCAGGAAAUUUUCAAAUGUACGACUAUGGACCGAAGAUAAACCAGCAAAAAUACAAUUCAACUUCUCCCCCAAUGUACCAUUUUGAAAAUAUAAAAUAUGCAACUGCUCUAUUUUCCGGAAAGGAUGAUAAGUUGGUUACACCAGAGGAUGCUCGACUUCUAGCAAAGCAGCUUCCAAAUGUAGUCUACUACUCUACGGUACCUUUACGUGAUUUCAGUCAUAAUGACUUUAUUAUGAAUAAAAAUAUUGAAAACUCUCUAUUUAAACAAAUUUUAAAACUGUUGGAAAGAUUUAAAAAAUAGACGAAUACCA